CUUAGCUUCAUUCAUUCAAGUCCCUUUGUCAUCUCUCUCUCCCUCUCUCUCUCUCUCUGCUACUGGAAAGUAAUGGAGGGAAAAGCAGUGAUGGAGAACAGUGAGGUGCUGAGUUCUGAAAAACCCAGAAAUAAAGAAGAAAAAACAGAAGCAAAAGAGGGCCUACAAUGUAUAACUGAUGGAAGCAAUGAGGAAGAGCAGAAAAAAGUUAGUCUGAUGAGAGCCUUUGUCGAAAAGCAAGAUCCAUCUUCCAAGGAAGUAGAUGAUUUGAUGAUGAGAAGGUUUCUCCGUGCACGCGAUCUCGACAUAGAGAAAGCUUCUUCUAUGUUCUUGAAACACCUGAAAUGGAAACGAACAUUCAUUCCAAACGGAUUGAUUUUGGCAUCGGAGAUCCCAAAUGACCUAGCACAGAACAAGAUGUUUAUGCAAGGAAUGGAUAAAAAGGGACGACCCAUCACUGUUGCUUUUGGUGGUAGGCAUUUCCACAACAAAGGCGGUCUAGACGAGUUCAAACGAUUUGUGGUUUUUGCUCUUGAAAAAUUAUGUGCAAGGAUGCCAACAGGACAGGAGAAGUUUGUUGUCAUCGGAGACCUCGAAGGUUGGGGAUAUUCUAACAGUGAUAUUCGUGCAUACCUUGGAGCUCUAACCAUUUUGCAGGAUUACUACCCCGAGAGACUAGGGAAAUUGCUUAUCGUCCAUGUGCCUUACAUAUUUAUGACAGUAUGGAAAAUUGUCUACCCUUUUAUCGACAACAAUACUAAGAAAAAGAUUGUGUUUGUGGAAAAUAAACGACUUAAAUCAACUCUGCUCCAAGACAUCGACGAGAGCCAGCUUCCAGAGAUUUAUGGAGGCAAAAUGGCAUUGGUUCCCAUCCAAGACAGCUAACUGGCGAACUUGCCUUUUAAAGUGCUAUUCUUCUUUAUUUGCCAGUGUCUUGAGGAUCAGAUUAACUCUGACUUAAUCCUGAAAUGGCAGGAGCUUCGUGGGUUACAGUUUUCUUUUUUCACCCUUUAUAGGCAUGAUUUCUUUCAACAGUGAUGUAUUACAUAAAGAGUAUAAACUUAUCUACCAGAGGUGCAAUGAUUCACUCAAUGGGCAAGGUCUCUGAUAUAAGUCCAGGAUGGCCUAGCUGUGGGAGACAUGCUGCCUAUUUUACUUGAUAGUGUGAAAUUAUGGAUAAAUUUACAGGUUUGGUGUCUGUAGAAUGAAUUGGCUCCUGGUAUUAUAUCUUAUUAGUAGACGUUGUAUAAUGGUGGAGGACCCUUUUAUAUAUGUUUAGUCCUACUAGUAUUUAUAGGGUGAUCUCUUAUUAAGGGAAGUUGAAAAAAAAAAGGGUGUUGCAGAGAUCCAAAUCUGAAGUUCUGGUACAUUUGGCUCCUCCCCAGUUUUAAGGUCUCUAUAAAUCCAAUAAUUUAUCGUCUAUUAGUAAGAACCCAACUUAAACAUAAUCGAUUCCAUCAGAAUUCAUGAUAAGAAGAUAAUUUUAAAAGGAAUGUGGUAAGUAGAAUUAGAGAAGAGUGGUACCCCAUGGUGAAGUGCAGUGAG